UAUCUGGCUAUUCAAGGUUCUUCAACACCGUCAGAACGAGCCUUCUCAAGCGGUGGUAUCACGGACCACAGUCGACGCAAUCGACUCACACCCGAUGUCUUCGAGGCCUUACAAUUGUUGAAAAGUACUUAUCAAAACGGGCAUGUUCAGGCUGCAGCAGACGCAGCGGCUCAUGUAGAGCCUCUAGCUACUGUGACUGCUGAUGAUCUUGAUCUAACUACUACAGAUGCAUAG